GACGAACUUUAAACGCGGGUUUGCGUUUGAUAGUACUUUUUAUCUGUUUAUUAAUUUUGUUUAAUUACAUGACAUUAUUAUGAUGACAAACUUAUAAUGACCAAGACUUGACAAGAUGAGUGAAGAUUUUGAAGAACAACUUCGUCUGGAACAGGAGGAGAAGAAAAAAAAGCAGACCGGGGAGGGGACCUACAUAGACAGUGAUGGAACUGAGUUCGAGUGGGACGCUGCUAAGAAGGCGUGGUUUCCAAAAAUUGAUGAAGACUUCAUCGCUCGAUAUCAGAUGAAUUAUGGGACAACACCAGCAGAGAGCAGCACCAAAACGACUGACCAGGAUGAAGACGCAGAAGCAUCGUCAAGUAAAGAGUACGAGGACUACUGGCGGGACUACUACAACUACUACAACCACUACGAGCAGGCCGGCAGCGCCAAUGUCGGCAAACAGGAACAGAGUGGUGCAAAGACGGAUAAGUCAGGACCAGAGGUGGAUUACACCAGUGAUGCAUACUGGGAGUAUUACCAGUAUUACUAUGGGGAAGGAAACAAUGAGGAGGGAGAGGAGAAGACAGAGGAAGAUGAUGCCGUCAAAGAAAAGGAGGAAAAUAAAGCAGAGGAAACCAAGACCGAAGAGACGGCGGGAGAAAAAAGGAAGGCUAUAGAUGGCUGGUUUGAGCACGACACCGAGAAGAGCCAGCAUGUGUAUGUGUCAGGUUUACCGAGUGACAUCACGGAUGAUGAGUACAGCGAGAUGAUGGCCAAGUGCGGACUCAUCAUGUACGACCCGUUCAAUCGCAAACCCAAACUCAAACUCUACAAGGACAGCAACGGAAAGCCAAAGGGAGAUGGACUCUGCUGCUACAUAAAGAGUGAAUCAGUGGACCUAGCCCUGCAGAUUUUGGAUGGCUCGUACAUUCGUGACCGCAUGAUAAGUGUGGAGAAGGCCAAGUUUGAAAUGAAGGGCUCGUACGACCCCAAAAGGAAAAAGAAGUUGAACAACAGACAGAAAAAGAAACUGAAAGAGAAGCAGGAAAAGUUGUUUGCAUGGCUCCCAGAAAUACCGACAGAACCCACACGGAAGAAACACGAGCGAACAGUUAUUCUGAAACACAUGUUUGACUCCAAGGAGUUUGACUUCAACCCGGCUGGUAUAGUGGAACUACAAGAUGAAGUUCGAACUGAAGCUCUCAAAUUUGGAGAAGUGAACAAGGUGACCAUACAUGAUCGUAACCCUGAUGGUGUCAUCACUUUGAUCUUCAAGAAUGCCGAGGAUGCUGAUAAAUGCAUUGCUGCUUUCAAUGGGCGGUGGUUUGCAAAACGUAAGAUUUCUGCUGAAACGUGGGACGGGAAGACGAAGUAUCACAUUGAGGAGAGUGAGGAGGAGAGAAACAAGCGACUCAAACAGUGGGAGACGUUCCUUGAGAAGGGAGAGGCUGCAGGGACAUCGAAGGACUCCAUAGUCUCAUCAGAGGAAAUAACAUCAGGGUCUGGUCGUGUGUCCACCACCGAGGUCACAGAGGCUGCCAAGAUGGAUGACACAGAACCUAGUCCUGGAAUAACUGAUGUAGUACAGAAUGAGGUAGUCCAUAUGAAUGACACAUCUAGACAUAUUUCUACCACAAAUGCAACACAGGUUGAUAGCAAAGCAUCAAGUCUUGCAACAGCCACUGAUGAUGGUGGUAAAACUGAAGAUAGUUCAUCAGGUGUGUCAACCACAGAUGAUGCAGCAAAAAUCGAGGAUUCUUCAUUACCCCAUCGAAAUCCCAGUUCUGUGAUUGAACCAGAUUCAGUUGCUAAAACUGAUUCAUCAUCAGAAAAUAAUUUAUGUUCAAAGAUUGAUUCCAAAGUUGAGCAUAACAUGUCAGACAGUUCAGGUUCAUAAUACUGAGCCUUAGAAACUUGUCCCUUUGAUGUGAAUAAAAUACUUUUGUAAUGUAAUAAUAAUGUAAUAAAUUUUGAGAGUAGAGUUUCUCUUAAAAAGAGUUGCUCAUCAUAAAGCUACAUCAAACAGUACAUUAGUUUUGUGUUGGAAUUUUGGAACUGAAGUAACCAAGAAUGAAGUGCUUCAUUGUGGACAAAUCACAUUGCUGUGUGCAGGUUGAAUUUUGGGACUAGCAGUUCUGAAGUAGGAAGGAUGUAUACUCCAAUUGUAUAUUAAUAUAAAAUAAAAAUAAAAACUGCCUUGUGUCAAGCUAUCACCUUGAAAUGUUAAUAGUAUUUGUCAUUUAGAUUUGCUCCUCCAGCUCCUAUGUCAGUGGCUAAAAGUAAUUUGCUCCUCCAGCUCCUAUGUCAGUGGCUAAAGGUGAUUUGCUUCUCCAGCUCCUGUGUCAGUGGCUAAAGGCGAUUUGCUCCUCCAGCUCCUAUGUCAGUGUCUAAAGGUGAUUUGCUCCUCCAGCUCCUGUCAGUGGCUAAAGGUGAUUGGCUCCUCCAGCUCCUAUGUCAGUGUCUAAAGUUGAUUUGCUCCUCCAGCUCCUAUGUCAUUAGCUAAAGGUGAUUUGCUCCUCCAGCUCCUAUGUCAGUGGCUAAAGGUGAUUGGCUCCAUCAUUAUUGACUUUACUCUCAAAUUAUAAACGAUUCUUGAUUUCUCUACCCGUAUGUAGUAAAAACUGAAAUGAGGAUUAAACACGAAGUUAAAAGGUUUUUUUUAUUAAACAAAUAUUUGCAAUAAAAUGUGCUAGUUCAUUACAAAACUUAACCACUCAUGACGCUAGUGAUAAAUCUUGAUCUGGCUUUUUUGUCCUAUCCAGUACAUUCCUUCAUACUUGGUUUCUGACAGUCUAAUGUUGAAUCAUUAAUUUGAAGAGGCUGUGAUGAUGACAAUGUACACGUUUGUCGAAAUUUUAGUUGGGAGGUUGUGGGGGAUCCAUAUAUUGAGACUUAACAGCAGAUGGCUCUGAACUACUUGGAGUGUUGUGAUGGUAUCUAGAGUUAUUUUAAUCAUAGAUAGGUAUAUUAUGGAACAUUCUAAUUUGAUUUUUGUGUCAUUUAAAAUCCAAUGACCCAUGUUUUGCACUAUCAUUGACACAAUGCUACUCCGAUCUUUACCAGUACCAGUCAUAUGUUACCAACAUCAUGGCCAAAGACCGUUGGCUCUUUUGCAAAUGCCCACAACAUGGUACAAAUGUCCACAACAUGGUACAAAUGAUACAUGAACAAUUGAUCAUCAUUGUGACUCUAGCCGAAAAUAACACCAUGUUAAAUUGCAGGUUGCAGUUCAGAAAUCUGGGGUCGGUUUCACAAAACAUCGUGACUAACAAUUAUACCGGGAAUACAUUUAUGUGUGUUUGGCAUCCGUUUCAAGCAGAAAUUUACAUCAUUAUGGAAGAUGGAACAUUUUAAGGACUAAAUAAAAUAAGAUAUGUGUACUUCAAACUUUUUUAUUUAUUAUUGUACUAUAAUAGUAAUAAGAAUUGUGGUUUAGUCAUGGAUUUACGUUUAUGUUCAAAACUAAGCUUACAAUGUUUGGUGAAAUUGGGCCCUGGACUAUGUUAUAUACACAGCAACAAUUAUUUUGGGUGUAAAGGUCAUUCUCAUUAUUUCUCAUGAUGAAUGUACAUGUACUGUGGAUAUAUUUUGGAAAUAGUAAUGUUUAAGUUAUUUCACUUGCCUUUGUAUGAAAAAAAAGUGGAGCAUUUGUGAGAAAAUAAAUGUUUCAACUUGUAA